GCGCACACACAGACACACAGUACGGUUCUUUCGCUCUUAUUCUCUCCUCUCUUCUUUCUCUCUCUCUCUCUCACACACACAAGGUUUCUGCUGGAAUCAUCGCCUACGGAUUUGAAUCUGCAACUUGAUUGUGAACUGACAUACUGGGACUCAAACAAUAACAAAAGGGUAGUUUAAACAUGUCAGCGCUCUUCAAUUUCCAUUCGUUCCUGACAGUAGUGUUAUUAGGCAUCUGUGCCUGCACGUAUGUGAAGUUGCAUUUCCCAGCACUUCUGGAACAGAGAACUGGGUUUCGAGGUGUUUUCUGGAAGGCUGCUAGAAUAGGAGAGAGGCUCAGCCCUUGGGUGGCUGUGGGGUGCUUCACAAUGGGGGUUUCAAUAAUCUUCUUCUGAAUGGAGAUCUAUGUAUUUUCAGACUUAAGCUCCAAAGACCAUAUCAGAUUUGUAGGCGAUCAUGUACUCUAUCAUGUAGUUGACAGUUAAGUUGAAGAUUUGUUUGGCAGCUACUAGUGCCAAAUUUAAUGGUGGCGUUUGUGCUACUAAUAUGAAUUGAUCAAAGCUUCUUUGUUUGAUUAUUUUAUGGUGAAAAGUUGCACAUCUCGUCCGCUAUCUCUUGUAAACCCCAAUUUUUCUAAUGUUCAGAUUCUUUUUUGUC